AAAGAAUGCAAAUAUAGUCAAAGUUUAUUCUGAUCUUGAUUCAGAAAAUGAGGGAGAAGAUUAUGAAGAAGUCUAUGCUACUCUAAAAAUAAGAGUCACUUCAUAUACUACUAAUAGGAGAGAAGUAAAAGAAAGAAGUAAAAAGACUUUAAAUCUCAACAAGAAAUGA